GUACGCGCAUGCGCGUUAGAACGCGGUAGCCCUGGCGUGUGGAGUGUAGUCACGUGGAGACGGUCCGCCACCUCCGUGCUAUCCAAACAGAACGUGAGCUGCUAGCAGUCCGCCUGUUUAGAGCGCCGCUCGGCUGCUUAAGCGAUCCAUGUUGUUUUUCUAAGCCCCGCGUCCCUUUAAACUUCACCGUUCCGUCGAAGAAUGAGUGAUAACGACGACAUCGAAGUCGACAGUGACGAAGACUCACCGAGAUAUCACUGUGUGGGGUGUCAUUCAUCGACUGGAGCGCCUGUCUUUUGUCCGAGUUUUUCCACGCUGUCCGCAGGACAAAGCGAAGAAUUACCAGUUCUUCCCUCCUUCCUCUCGCCACCUGGAGCACUUAUGUAAUGCACCAUGGUCAGGCAGACAAACGGGCACACCACAAUGCGCUGGAGCGCAAGCGUAGGGACCACAUCAAAGACAGCUUUCACAGCCUCCGGGAUUCUGUACCUGCCUUGCAGGGAGAAAAGGUUGGUAGCCCCAAUAGUGGUACAGAAACAUCCCAGAGUAAGCAGUCUACCAAACAGGCGUCUAGAGCUCAAAUCCUAGACAAAGCCACAGAGUACAUCCAGUACAUGAGGCGAAAAAAUCACACACACCAGCAGGACAUCGACGAUCUCAAGAGGCAGAACGCCCUGCUGGAGCAGCAAGUGCGCGCUCUGGAGAAAGUGAAGGGCUCGGCGCAGCUGCAGACCAACUACUCGUCGUCCGACAGCAGCCUAUACACCAACCCCAAAGGCAGCGCCGUGUCUGCCUUUGACGGCGGCUCAGACUCCAGCUCCGAGUCGGAACCCGAGGAGCCGCCCAAUCGCAAGAAGCUGCGCGUGGAGGCCAGCUAGAGAGCGUCUGGCCCUUUCGACGCUUUUCCACCUGACGGCCACCACCACCACCGACAUCACCACACCCACCGUUCUGGCUCCUCCCCCUCACUGGACGGGCUCGCACUGGAGACUCAUGACCCCCUCAAAAGUCCCCACACCGCUACAACCGUAAGACAGGGCAGGUCUUUGCCCCCUUGUGCAGUUGUCAUCAAUAUUAUCCUGUCUCGCAACAGUCCAAAACCCAACAAGAGGCAGCUCGGCUACUUGGGGACUUUUUGAAAUGUCCCCUUUAGGUAGCCCCGCCCCCUCCCAGGGUCCAUGCGAGGGAGGGGCAGACGCACACCAGACGUACUCCUAAACACUGCUAGAUUAUAUAUUUUUGGUUUAUUUUGUUAUUCAACAUUUAAAAAACAAACAAAAACAGCCUGGUUAGAACAUAAACAAAUCCUGGGACAAGUUUUUAAAAUGCUAAAAAUUUCUAGCUUUUCCACAAAAGAAUGUCAGCGACACCCGCCCACCUCAGGCUCACUGGAUCGCAGAUGUUUUCUGCUGUGACACAUUUGUUAAGACAUUAAAAAAAUGGAUGUUUUGAAUGAAAAUAUUCCUAAACUUGUAACGUAUUUUGUCCUUUAGCUUGAAGUAGUGGAUGACUUUAGGAGGCUGAAUACAUUAGGCAGCUUGUUUUAUAGACCCCUUGAAAGAAAACAAACAACAAAAAAAAGGAAGAGAGUAUUGAUUGGAUGUUUUAAGCUCUAAUGUAUGUUCUGCAUUUUGUAGUCGUCAUCUCACAAGUCACGAAACGGCGUUACUUCAACCGGAAUGUUCCAAAGUAGCCAAUCCGCGCCCCUCUUGUCGAUGUGUCGUGCUUUACAAAGUCCAAAAUGUCGCUGAAUCCCCCAGAGGGAGAACAAGGAAGCAUUUUAGUGUGUGUAUUUUGUUUCCAUUCAGGAUUAGAAUUGGUGUACCGGGUCUUUGUUUUGUUCGAUUCCAUUCCAUGGAAAUUACAAGUAUGUUGUACAUACUGCCAACAAUUGUCUUGCAAGUUGAGGCCUACCUUUAUUAUGAGACUAUAAAAUAAACUAUUUUAUCCUUUAA